GCUUUCUGAUGCGCACUUCCACCUGCCACUCUUUCCCCCGGUCUCGCGAGCCCUAACUCCUCAACAAAUCUCGAUUCAUGGCUCAACCCAAUCACUUUGAUCACCUUUGGAAUCAGGCCAAAGUGCGCUAUAAGUCCGUGACCGGCCAUAACCUCGACAGCCCCGCAGUCCCCAGCCCCGCCUCAGCUGACGAGCUGCUCACCCUGCUGGACGCGAGAAACUCUGACUUUCUAUCUUUUCGGGAUAAGAGAUCCGUGCUAUUUCACAAUCUCAAGGCAUUGUGUACACCGAUCGAGCUGGUCGGCAAUGUUGUCUCCACGGGCGCCUCGCUGGUUUUCGCGCCCAGCUCCGCAUGCUUCAACGCGUUGCUGUUACUGAUUGAUGCGGCGCGUGGGGUAUCUUCCUUCUAUGAUUCCAUCGACUUUCUAGCGCGGCUCAAGAUCUACCUCGUGAACCAAGUCACACCUGAGCUACGCACCACAUUGAUGAAUGUCCUCGUGAUACUACUAGAAGUCUUCGGUCGCUCCGCGCAGGUCAUCCGCAGUGGAACUCUGGGGCGCACCUUGACGUUCGCGAAGAACGCGCUCCUCGGUCGCGACAACAAGCUGCAAGGACUGCUGGACCAGCUGGAGAAGCUGUGCCAGAGCGAGAAUCGACUGGUUGCGGCGGAGACAUGGGCGGAGACCAAGCGUACAGCGCAUCAGAUGGACAAGGUCAGCGAGGACUUGGGAACUUUGGUUCUGGGGCAGGCAACCUUUCGCAAUGAGUUCCAGCAAGAGAUGCACAAGGUCAGGGAGACGAUAGCAGCGGGUUCAGCCAAGGGCGAGAUGUCGAUCGCGAGACUCCGGGAGAUUCUCAAGCCCUCAGUGCAUCCGCUGGAUGCGUAUCAAAGCCUGGCAAAGAAGAGAGUAUCCGGGACCGCGGAUUGGAUUUUUGCUGAGCCCUUGUUCCGGAAGUGGAUGGCUGUGGACGGGGAGGCACCCCUGUUGGCGAUCUGUGGAAGCCCGGGAUGUGGAAAGUCGGUUCUCUCGCAGCAUGUCAUCCACCAGCUGAACGAACUGCAGAAAACGAGAGAGGGAAACACUGGCUCGGUCGCGUACUUCUUCUUCAGUAACAGCGACACCGAAACGAAGUCUGUGAGUCAGGCAUUGCGGGACUGCGCCUGGCAGGUUUGCCAAGUUGACGCCUCUUAUCAAGCGUACCUCGAAGCUCAGAUCAGCUCUGCCGAUGAAAUCAAGACCAUCCGCAGUGCAUGGAGGACGCUUUACUCCCAGUGCUUCGCCUUGGCGCACAGAGCACAUAGAACCAUGAUUCUGGUAUUCGAUGGUCUGGACGAAGCUUUUCAGGAUGAUCGGGAGCAGUUCUUUGAGCUGCUCUCGGAUGUAGCUUCAUGCAGUGGCUCUGCAAUCAAGGUUCUCUUGGUGGGCAGACCUGAGAUCUACGCAGAGCUCGCAGACGCGAUCGGACAGAUACCCUGCAUCCAGGUAGACGCAGUCAAGAACUCGGCCGACAUCCGAACAUUCAUAGACAUCACCAUGCAAAAGUCUCGUGUCUUGAGUCGCAUUCCUCGAGAUCUGGAAUCGUCGAUUCGUGACAAACUGAUGGAGAAAUCCCAGGGGAUGUUCCUGUGGGCAGAUCUGAUGCUCCGCGAGUUGAGCCGCAAAACAAGAGCGAGUAGCAUGCUGGAGAGCCUGACAAAAGCGCCCAAAGGCCUGGACGAAAUGUUGGAGCAUGUCCUCAGGGGCUUCAGCUCAAAGCUGGAGAAAGAAGAAGCGGAAAAUCUGAAUACGAUGCUUGCCUGGCUGGCCUGCUCCGACGUCCCACUAACCUUGCGCCAACUGGACUUCAUCCUGCAGUAUGACUCGCUGGGGGGCGAUGGGGUCUUUGAUCUGGAGACGAUGUUGCGAAUUCAGUAUGCUUCGUUCUUUCUGGUACUUCGUGAGGACGGCCUCACGACGGCAGACCUUCAAGGUACGGACGCUGCAGCCUACUUCCUGCAGGGCCCAGCGAGCGAUGCGAUCAUAUCUGAGUUCCAGUCCAACAAGGACACCACACGGGUGGUGUUCCGGCACGCCUCGAUUGGCGAAUACUUGCGCAAUCCUGGGUAUGGGAAAGUGUCUGAUGUCUCCAGUUCCAUGCCUGUCGGUGUCAAUAUCGUUGAGGCUCAGAAACACAUUCUAACACACUGCCUACGGCUAUUUCAGGAAGUUUCUGCCGAGAACGAAGACCCGGCCGGACGAAUAUCCUUGAUCAUUUAUGCACAUAAUCAUUGGCGGAAACAUGUGCGGCAGCUGAUGAGCCAGGAUCUGAUCGAUGCCUCUGAGAAGCGUGAGAUGGGACCAUUGCUGUGCAGGGCGCUCGCGAGUCCAGACACUGUGCAUUGUCUGAACCCCAUCCACUGGGAGUUUUUCGCCUCCGGGGACUUUCGACUCGUUGAGAGGCUUUUGCAUGAUGAUGCCUGCUCCGACUUGCCUACAGAUGAUGAGAUGUGCGUUUGGCUCAAAUCGGCUCGCCAAACCUCGGGGGGCUUGUUCUUGGACUUGGCCAAGUAUGGCGCCGAGUCGUGGCUGGAGGAGACCAUAUGGUCUGCCUCGAACUGUUUCCGUCUGGUGUGGGCCGUUAAACUGAUAUCUGAGGGAAAGGAUCUCGAGAUCCUGCACGAGAUACCGAAUACAGAAACGGUACUGGAGGUCGCGCGGUGGACGAAAGUGGAAGAAAAUGCAUUGUGGCAUGAACGAGUCGGGAACUGCCUGUCCGAUUUCGGCCAUCUCGACGAGGCGAAAUAUCACGCCGACAUGUCGCUACGUCUGCAGCCCCAAUCAGUGGGGGCCAGUCUGGAUAUCGCUCGCAUCUACCUGAAACAAAACAAGCGAGACGAGGCAAUCACAAUGCAUCUCGAAGCCGAGGCACUAUACACGAGACUGUUCCUGGCCAAGGAAGAGCCCGAAUACCCGGAUUCAGAUCGUCCCAUCAUGGUAUCGCCAUACAAACUUGCUAGCCUGCGAUUGACCUUGGCGGAGCUAUACGAACCAGAGGACGACCCCCUGGAGUCGGCGCAUUGGCUUCAUUCCGCACUACAGUUGGAAGUCUUCAGUGUACGAGUUGUAAUCCUGGUCGAGCGACUGUCUGGCAAAUUAAGUAGAGCACCACACCGCAAUCCCACCAUGAUCAUCCAGCUUCUACAAGCGAUGGAUCGAACCGCUCGCGAUCACGAGGAUACUAUCUUGGAUUUCUGUUUGACUCAGGAUCAGGGGAUUCACCGUCGCUUUUUCCCGGCUAUUGCGACGGCCGCGCACGCCACGGGGAAGGUAGACUGGCUGGUGAAUCAGUUUCUUCGUGCCAGGGCUAUCGGGGUUCGCGACUUGCGGUCUCAUGUUGUGGUGAGUCUCGACCUCUGCCUAGCUGAGCUCUACAGUCGAUUCAGGGAUGAACCGCGCAAGGCCAUGGCGAUUUGGCAAAGGAUUUUGGCUCUGCCACGAGUGGAGGUGGACAGGGACGGUCACUGGGAGAUGACGCAUGCAAGAGAGAGGGCUGAGUCCUGCUAUGCCUAUCAACUCUUUAUGGAUGCGUUACGAGAUCAUCACAACACUGAAACAUUUCUACAUGAAACCACAACUCAAGCGAAAUGGUUAUUCGAGUCCCCGCUAAAUAGUGAGACAUUUAUCGCGAAUCGAGCGGGCCUUUAUCUGGGGCGUUGGUUUCUGGAUCAUGGAGAUACCGAGCAGGCCAGGCGAUAUUUCAGGCCUUAUGUCAAGAUAUCUCUUGCUGGCAUCGAGGAAAUCGAUUUCAAGUGGCGCGCAAAUAGACUCUACAAGCUGACCACAUUCUUAGUCACAGCGGAGGAUGAUGCCAAUUCUAUUGCUCUGUUCCACGCCAUCAGCGAUGCACACCACCUCAGCGUCGACGGACUUGAAUCUUCGGACGACGAGCCUGGUAGGUGGAGUUGGUACUGUGAUGUCUGCACGGAAGAGUAUGACAGUUGUGCGUCGUGCAAUAAGUGUCGGGUCUGUGCAGCAGACAUCUGCAAGAACUGCUUUCCGUCUGUGAAGCAGGGUACGAGCAGCAGUCGAGUUUGCGCGCCGAAUCAUGCCUGGCUGUUGAUCCCGGCGGCGUCCACUCCUCCAGAGCCCGGGUAUAUUAUGAUCGGUGAUGAUUCAAGGCUGAUCGAAGAUUUUCUGGCGAAUUUGGCUCAGUCGUGGCAGUAAUCUCGGUAUUAAUGCGCCAAGUACCCAAUCUCUGCCCAAUAUGACAACUACAAAGUCUGUACGUACCUGCUGUUCAAUUGAUACUGUACUUGGCAAGAACAGUGCUGGAGAUGUCAUAGAUCAUCGCAUCUGUUCUCCAUUCUCGCCAAUCGCACUGGCUUCACAACAGGAUCAAGUGUGUUGACCCAUGUUACUGGGUGGAAUCGUCAAGUCUGCGAGCGGACUGGCCAGAUUCGGGGGUAUCUUGCGAAAAGCCCUAAUUGCUGCUCACGUCGGUCAUAUCUUCUAUUGAGAAAAUAACCAAAAG